AUGGUGAUAUUUUUUGCAGGCUCUACGUACUAUGACAAUGUGCGGCCUCUCUCCUACCCUGACGCUGAUGCAGUCCUCAUCUGCUUUGACAUCAGUAGACCAGACACCCUGGACAGUGUACUGAAGAAGGUGAGUGUUUUGUGGUGAUAUAGCCUACUCUUGUCCUGGAAGCUUAAUAAGCUGCCUCUGCUCCCCUUGAACUGGGGAACAGUGGCCUGUCCCAAUGGCAUUUUCACUCAGUCCCUGUCACGAUUGUCAUUUGAAGAAACGGGCCAAUGCGCAGCGUGGAAUGCGAACAUCUUUUAUUUAUCUUUCACCACACCAACAAAAACAACAAAAUGAAACGUGAAGUCCUCGGUCAUUAACACAAACCAACACGGAACAAGAUACCACACCACACAAAUGCCAAACGACUACCUAAGUAUGGUUCCCAAUCAGAGACAACAAGCAACAGCUGAUUCACGUUGCCUCUGAUUGAGAACCACCCCGGCCAACAUAGAAACACAUCAACUAGAUCCUGAACAUAGAAACACAAAACAUAGACUCUACACACCCUGGCUCAACAUAACUCCAGAGCCAGGGCAUGACAGUACCCCCCCCCCCCCCCCCCCCCAAAGGCGCGGACUGCGACCGCGCCAAACAUAAACCGAACAGGGGAGGGCCGGGUGGGCAUUCCUCCUCGGAGGCGGAUCCGGCUCCGGGCUUGACCACCACCCUCUAACAACCCCCCCGUAGCGUCCCUGGUCUGGUCCCGCUGGCUGGAGCUGGACUGGACAUCGGUGGAGUGGAUUGCUUAGGCUCCGGUGUGGAGCAGCUGACCGGUACCUGACCAGGCACCGGUGAAACGGGCACGGGCUGUGCCGGACUGACGACGCGCACCACAGGCUUGGUGCGGGGAGCAGGGACGGGCCGGACCGGGCAGGGACGGGCCGAACCGGGCUGACGAAGCAGGAACAGGCCGGGCCGGGCUGGCGACGCGCACCACAGGCUUGGUGCGGGGAGCAGGAAUGGGCCGGACCGGCGACGCGCACCAUAGGCUUGGUGCGGGGAGCAGGAACUGGCCGGGCCGGGCUGGCGAUGCGCACCAUUGGCUUGGUGCGGGGAGCAGGAAUGGGCCGGACCGGGCUGACGACGCGCACCCCUGGCUUGGUGCGGGGAGCAGGAACGGGCCGGGCCGGGCUGGCGACGCGCACCAUAGGCUUGGUGCGGGGAGCAGGAACAGGCCGGGCCGGGCUGGCGACGCGCACCAUUGGCUUGGUGCGGGGAGCAGGAACGGGCCGGGCCGGGCUGACGACGCGCACCAUAGACUUGGUGCGGGGAGCAGGAACGGGCCGGACCGGACUGACGAUGCGCACCACAGGCUUGGUGCGGGGAGCAGGAACAGGCCGGGCCGGGCUGGCGACGCGCACCAUUGGCUUGGUGCGAGGGGCAGGAACAGGCCGGACCGGGCUGACAACGCGCACCAUUGGCUUGGUGCGAGGGGCAGGAACAGACCGGGCUGACGACGCGCACCAUUGGCUUCGUGCGAGGGGCAGGAACCGGCCGGGCCGGGCUGGCGACGCGCAUCACAGGCUUGGUGCGAGGGACAGGAACAGGCCAGACCGCACUGGGAACACACACACUGGCCUUAUACGGGGAUCAGGAACGGGCCGGACCGGACUGGCAACACACUUCAGUACCUCUCGCCGUGCCUCUACACUUUCCCUCCCUCUAAUCACCAAUGGCUCCCGUAACCCGGUGGCCUUCUCUCCUCGUCCACAAACUCGCCCUUUAUCUGCCUCCAGCAGCCCCGUCGCCCAUGCCAUGUGCCCCCCCCCUAAAAAUUUCUUGGGGGUGCCUCUCCCCCGUGGAUAUGGCCUCCAUGGCUCUCGCCAGACUCUCCAUCCUCUGCUCCCAAGUCCAACCUCUCUCCUCUUCACGCUGCUUGACCCAGUCGAGGUGGUAUCUUCUGUCACGAUCGUCAUUUGAAGAAACGGGCCAAUGCACAGCGUGGAAUGCGAACAUCUUUUAUUUAUCUUUCACCACACCAACAAAAACAACAAAACGAAACGUGAAGUCCUCGGUCAUGAACACAAACCAACACGGAACAAGAUACCACACCACACAAAUGCCAAACGACUACCUAAGUAUGGUUCCCAAUCAGAGACAACAAGCAACAGCUGAUUCACAUUGCCUCUGAUUGAGAACCACCCCGGCCAACAUAGAAACACAUCAACUAGAUCCUGAACAUAGAAACACAAAACAUAGACUCUACACACCCUGGCUCAACAUAAGAGUCCCCAGAGCCAGGGCGUGACAGUCCCCUUGACCCAUGACCCUUUCUGGAAAGGCCUCCAUUUGUGUUUCUGGGUCAAGUGGCCUUUGAAAAUCCCUAAUCUGCUGAAAACUAAGGCUGUACCAAUGAGAGAGGGGUCUAAAACUAGGGCAGCAGCAAUGAGAGCGGGGACGGGGAGGAUUGUGAAAACAAACUCACGUAAGGCUCAGAAGUAGUCCAACAAGCCUUGUUCACAUGUGGUCUCCCAGACAUGGCUAUUGAGUGUCUCAGUGCCCUUUGACCUGUGAUGUCACUAAGGCUCAGUAUUGUACCAGCUGAGAGGAGUGUGGUCCAGUGAGAGGGGGAGUGAUCCUUCCUCUGGAGAGAGCAUGAUCACCAGGCUGUUUCUCUCUUUAAUCCCCCUCCAUAAGGCCCCAAUUCUGGACUAAUGUUGAUCUCUCCCUUUUCUUUCCUCCGUAUAGUGGAAAGGAGAGAUUCAGGAAUUCUGUCCUAACACCAAGAUCCUGCUGGUGGGAUGCAAGUCAGACCUACGCACAGACCUCUUCACCAAAUCUCACAGUGGACAUACGCCAGUGUCCUAUGAUCAGGUGGGUGUCAUGUCUUUCUAAAUCUCAUUUAAGAUCAUGGACUUAAACAUGAUCAGGUGUUAAAAGCGCUGGGAACAGUUUGUACUAGGCAACUCUCCAGACUGAUAUCUUUGUGUUAUUCUCUCUCUCCAUCUCAGGGCUCCAACAUGGCCAAGCAGAUCAGUGCUCCCUACAUUGAGUGUUCAUCCCUGCAGUCUGAGAACAGCGUCAGAGACAUCUUCCAUGUGGCCACGCUGGCCUGCGUCAACAAGAGCAACAAGAAUGCCAAAUGCAACAAGUCCUCCAGGAGCACCAAGAGGAUCUCACACAGCAGGCCAGACCUGCCCACAGUGGUGUCAGACUUCCAGAAGACCAAAGCCAAGACCUGUGCUGUUAUGUGA